ACCACCAUAAAAAAGGAUGCUGUACUCAGAUAAAGGACCUUUCGGAUAAAUUAUUUUUUCGGUUAAAAUGUGGAAUUACAGAUUUUUGUUAUAUAGCAAAUAAUAUAAGUUCCACAGGAAUCUAUCUUUUGAACUGAAGGAGGUGUUUUGUUAGUGGUUUGCGCAGUCAGCGCAGGCAGCGCAGUCAGGGGUUGUGGGUGCGUCUCCUCAACUCUGGAAACAGCGCACAAUCUGUGUCAUCAACUGUAUAUGUUUACAAAAACGACGCCGAUCAACCUUAAAAUGGAGAAUUGUUUUAUGUUUGUAUUACUUUUCUGCGGUGUGUUUGGUGAUCCAGAUGAAGUGAAGAUCGUGUUGGAGGGAGAUUCUGUGACUCUACACACUAAUGUUACUGACAUACAGAUAAAUGAUGAGAUACGGUGGAGGUUUGGUCCUGAUGGCUCUUCCAGUCUUCUAGUUCACAUUGAUCAGAAUGUUCCCACAUAUAAAGAUUCGGCUGAUGGAACAUUUACUGACAGACUGCAGAUAUCAAACAUUAAGACUGGAGAUCUCACCAUCAAGAACAUGAGAAUCAAACACUCUGGACUUUAUAAAGCACAGAUAGUAAGACCUACUGGAGUUACAAACAUGAAGUUCAGCAUUGAGGUCUAUGGUGUCCCACAUCUGACUGAUCCUAGUGCAGGUGAAUCCAAGACUGUGUUGAAGACUGAUGGAGAAUCUGUGACUCUAGACACUGGUGUUCAAACACAGACCGAUGAUCUGAUACUGUGGAGGUUUGGAGAUGUUGGUGUUCUCUUGGCUAAAGCUGAUAAAGAAGACAACAAGACCUCAAUAAAUGAUGCUGAUGAUGGGAGAUUCAGAGGCAGACUGAAGCUGGAUGAUCUGACCGGAUCUCUCAUCAUCAGUGAUGUCCGAAUAUCAGAUUCAGGAGAGUAUAAACUGAAGAUCAGCAGUAACUUUAAAAAGACAUUAUACAAGAGAUUCAUUGUUUCUGUCAGUGAACGAAGACUAUCUCCAGGUGAAAAGGUAACGAUAGCUAUUUUUGUCCUGCUAGCUGCUGCUGCUGUUAUUGGUUUGAUUGUAAAUCGCCGCAAUAAUUAUGAACAACAAAAACGAAACGUUCAAGAGAUGACGGUACUUAGAGGACAUUCUGUCAAUCUAAAGACUGAUGUCAAUAAACCUCAGUUUGAUGAUGUCAUCCAGUGGAGUUUUAGAAAUGAUUUGAUAGCCUCAUUCAAUAAGAGCAACAGUGAUGAAGAGAGACUCAUAGACAGACUGCAGGUGGAUGAUCAGACUGGAUCUCUCACCAUCACAAACAUCAGAACAGAUGACGCUGGACUGUAUAAAUUAAAGAUCAGCAGCAGCAGUCGAGUGAAAUCAUUCCUUCAGUUCAUCACCGGUGGAGGACCAUCAUACUAUCAGUUCAAUGUUAUUGUCAAAGAUACAGUGGGGAAAUUGGAAAAUAAUACUGUCUCUCUGUACACUGGUGUUACUGAACUAAAGUCAGAUGAUGUGAUCCAGUGGAGGUUUGGAGAAACUCUCAUAGCUGAAAUCAAUAGAAAGAACAACAAGUUCACUACAGAUGAUGAGAUAUUCAGAGACAGACUGAAGCUGAAUGAUAAGACUGGAGAUCUCACCAUCAGAGAUCUCAACACUGAACACACUGGACACUAUAAACUGAAGAUCAUCAACAGUAAAGGAACAUCAUGCUGUCAGACUGAAGUUAAUGUCAUGGAGGGACUCAGAUCAGUAAAGUCGGGAGAUUCUGUUUCUCUAGUCCUUGAUGUUGCUGGUAUACAGAAUGAUGAUGUGAUUCAGUGGAGAUUAGGAGAUGAAGAAACUCCCAUAGCUGAAAUCACUGAACUGAAUAAACUCUCAUAUGAUGAGAGAUUCAAAGAGAGACUGAAGCUGAACCCUCAGACUGGAGAUCUCACCAUCACAAACAUCUCAGCUGAACUCUCUGGAGUUUAUAAAGCAAAGAUCAUCAGCAGCAGUAGAGGAACAGAAUACAGAACAUUCAGGGUUGCCAUCUCUGUGAUCGCUUAUGAGGAUAAAUCUCUCACUAUACACACUGACAGUAAAAUACAGAGCGGCAGUGAGAUCAAGUGGAUCUAUGAUAAGAAAACAUGUCUGGUAACUGGUAAGAGUGGUGAUGACAGUGAGACCAAAUUUACAGAUGAUUGGACAUUCAAGGACAGACUGAAGAUGAAUCAUGAGACUGGAGAUCUCACCAUCACAGACAUCAGAUGGACAGAUGCUGGAGUUUAUAAACUACAGGUCAACAGUAAUGGAAAGAUCUCAUACAAGAUAUUCAAGGUUUACUUCAAGGACAAUGCUGAUGAAAAUGACCCGCACAAACAGAAAUCAGUGGCUAAUACAGUUUGGAAAUAUGAGAAUGAUUCUGUCACUCUGAACAAUGAUGUUACUGAACUACAGUCAGAUGAUGUGAUCCAGUGGAGGUUUGGAGAAACUCUAAUAGCUCAGAUCAACAGAACGAACAACAAGUUCACUACAGAUGAUGAGAUAUUCAGAGACAGACUGAAGCUGAAUGAUAAGACUGGAGAUCUCACCAUCAGAGAUCUCAACACUGAACACACUGGACACUAUAAACUGAAGAUCAUCAACAGUAGAGGAACAUCAUACUCUCAGAUUAAAGUUUAUGUCAGGGAUGAGCAGAUUCUCAGAUCAGUAGAGUUUGGACAUUCUGUCAUUCUAUACACUGAUGUUACUGGAAUAGAGAGAGAUGAUGUGAUUCAGUGGAGAUUUGAAGAUGAUAAAACUCCCAUAGCUGAAAUCACUGGACUGAAUAAACUCUCAUAUGAUGAGAGAUUCAAAGAGAGACUGGAGCUGAACCAAAAGACUGGACAUCUCACCAUCUCAAACAUCACAUCUGAACUCUCUGGAGUUUAUAGAGCAAAGAUCAUCAGCAGCAGAGGAACAACAUACAGAACAUACAGGGUUGUCGUCUCUGCGUUCGCUUAUGAGGGAGAAUCUCUCACUAUACACACUGACCGUAAAAUACAGAGAGGCAGUGAGAUCAAGUGGAUCUCUGAAGAUAACAUCAUUCUGGUCACUGGAAAGAAUGGAGAAGACAGAGAAACCAAAUACACAGAUGAUGAGAGAUUCAAAGACAGACUGAAGAUGGAUCAUAAGACUGGAGAUCUCACCAUCACAAAGAUCAGAAAGACAGAUGAUGGAGUUUAUAAACUACAGGUCAACAGUGAUGAUAAGAUCUCAUACAAGAUGAUCAAUGUUUUUGUCAACGACGGCCCUUCUCCAGAUCAGAAGCAAAACUCAGAUGAACAGAUAUACAGAUCAGUAGAGUUUGGACAUUCUGUCAUUCUAUACACUGAUGUUACUGGAAUACAGACUGAUGAUGUGAUUCAGUGGAUGUUUGGAGAUGACAAAACUUUCAUAGCUGAAAUGACUGGAGGGACUAAACCCUCAUAUGAUGAGAGAUUCAAAGAGAGACUGAAGCUGAACCCUGAGACUGGACAUCUCACCAUCUCAAACAUCACAUCUGAACUCUCUGGAGUUUAUAGAGCAAAGAUCAUCAGCAGCAGAGGAACAACAUACAGAACAUACAGGGUUGUCAUCUCUGUGAUCGCUUAUGAGGGAGAAUCUCUCACCAUACCGACUAACAGUAAAAUACUGAGCGGCAGUGAGAUCAAGUGGAUCUCUGAAGGUAACAUCAGUCUGGUCACUGGAAAGAUGGGAUAUUUUUAUGUCACAGAAACCAAAUGUACAGAUAAUGAGAGAUUCAAAGGCAGACUGAAGAUGAAUUCCUAUGGCGAUCUCACCAUCACAAAGAUCAGAAAGACGGAUGAUGGAGUUUAUGAACUACAAAUCAGCAGUGAUGGAAAGAUCUCAUACAAGAUGAUCAAUGUUUUUGUCAUCAACAAGGCUGUUGGAAAAGUAAAGGACAAACAGAUAUCAGACAAGGCUGUUGGAAAAGUAAAGGACAAACAGAUAUCAGACAAGGCUGUUGGAAAAGUAAAGGACAAACAGAUAUCAGACAAGGCUGUUGGAAAAGUAAAGGACAAACAGAUAUCAGUUUCAGGCUAUACUAAAACAAGAAGUUCAAAUUGAAUGAAUGAUCAACAGUUGUGAUGCCUUUACUAAAUGAAGCAGAAGAUGAAGUUUGAACAGCUGAAUGCUCAUCAUCACAUCUGUAACAUCAUUAACAUCUAGAGUUUUACUAUUUCAUGAUCCGUCCUCUUUAAAAAAAAAUCAUCUUCAUGGGUACUGUUGAGCUCGACUGAUAAAAGCUUUUAAAACUAAAGUCACAGGUUUGUUGAUAAACAUUUAAACAAACUUUCAUUUAAACUGCCAUUGACACUGAUCAAUAUUCAGAAUCUGUUUAUAUUUUAUAUUUCAUAUGUUACUCACUGCAUAGCAUAUGAUCAGUUUGACUCUCAUGUGUUUGAUAUUGUGUGAUUUUAGACAGUAUUGAUUUAAUAUCUGAUGAUGAUGAAAUAUUAUAUAUACAUGUAGAACAUCUUCAGUCUUUCUCUAACCCGUGUCUAAUCUGCUUUUAAACACAUUUAUUAAUGCAAUAUCGCUCGAGUAGGAGUUUAUGUAGUGCUCUUAUAUCGUCAUGGUGGUGAUUAGGGAGAGCGAGAUUGCAUUUAUAUAUCAGUUUGAUGUCACAAGUGUGUAAAUAAAUCAGAAACAUCAUCGGAGUUUAGUUAAAACCGGUUUUUAAAGAAAUGAACUACUUUCUUCCGCCACAAAUCCAAGCCCAGCAUAACAGUGAAACUUUUCCUAAUUUGUGCUUUGCUGCUUCAGAGACUGUAAUACGAUUCUGAGUAAGGAAGGAAGGAGGCGGGAACUGUCGACCACUAAAUCGACUUUUAAUAAACAACAAAACGAAAGGACCUCACGGACUAGUAAACACUACACAGCCAACACAAACCCAGUUAAAUACACCAUAAUGUCAAGGCCUGGUCCUCUCUUGUCAUAGACUCCUCUUGCUCGUCUCUUUUUGCCUCCCGAACUUCUCUGUGGGAGAUGCGAGCCGGUGUGCACACAGCUGACACUACUAAUCACUCGCGCCACCGGCCUCGCACCUUUCCCAUACGGCUCUAGUCCCGCCCCGCUUGUCAAAGAAGAUCAGUGAGAAUGUGUUAAUCCCAUUACUCUGCGGCACUUUACAUUGACCUACGAGACGUUGCCAUUUGCAUGCGUUUACCUUACUAUUCCUCUCACACUGCCACCUCUGACCAACAGUUCAACGGUUCAACCGUCAGUACUGAAUACAUUUUUAAGAGAUAAUUCACUGAGGAAUACUAGAGUUAAAAAAAAAACAUACUGUAAACUUUAGGUGAAAGUGUUAAUAAAAGUAAAUUUUCCAUCUCAACCUUAUACAUUUAAGAUCCAUUUUACAAUUGAAGCCCCCGCCCCAACGUUCUCAUCCUAAUGAUAUGAUGUCUUUUCUUCAUCCCCACACUAUUGGAAUUACGAUCUCAUAAUCAGAACUUUAUUUAGAUUUUAGUUAGAUUUUCAUUUAGAAGAAUCUAAAUACAUUCAGUAUAUAUAAUUCAAAUACAAGAGGUUAAAACAUUUAAAUAUGUAGAAUCUGAAAUAAAGAUGAAGUUAUGUGUUUGUAUUAAUCUUUACUGAUUUUAUAUAUUACAUUUUUUUACUCUAGAACUAACCCUAAACAUUGGUCUACAAGUUGUUUUAAUAUAAUCAUUCAAAUUUUUUUUUUUGAGUAUUGUUAAGGACUGAGUAUUGUAUACUAAAAUCUAUCGUUUACAGUGAUAAUUACACAUUAUGAAUUUUUAUGGUUGUGACCACUUUAAUGUUCUUAAUGUCAUAAUUACAUUAGUGUGUAACAUAUUUUGUACGCCCCUGUCUGUUUCAUGAUUAAAUUAGUAGA